AUGCCUAGUUUUUCACUUGGACUUGGUCUUGGUCUAACACAAGAGCUUCAGGAAGGAGAUGAACGCAAUGAAAAUGAACAAGAGAAGAAAGAAAGAAAAGAUGAAAAACUUGAUGAAGAAGAAAGUUAUGAUUCAGAAGAAACAGAAUGUGACAAUAAUAUCUUGGGAAUUGAAGAUCAUCAAGAGGGAAGAAGAGAUGUAGGAAAAAGAUUAAAAAAACCAUUACUGAAGGUAUCUUCUCCUUAUAAUCAAAAAGAGGCAGGAUUAUGGAUACAUGCACAUGUCAUUGAUGCUUGGACUGAUGUUUCGAACUAUGAAGAAAAGCUUAAAUCAAAUUCUACAGUGAAUCGCAUAAACUUGGAGGAAUCAACGGUUGAUGUCAUUGACAAUAGGAAUUCAGUUGCAAAGUUUUCAAGAGCUUAUCGUGAUGCACCUAAUGAAUUGAAAAUACUUUUUAGUAGGUACUUGAUGAGUGUCAAUCACAAAUCAGCUUUAAUUUUGGAGGGUGUUAAACCAGAAAGGGUGAACAUAAAUUGGUGCACAAGGGAUAAUCAUGUUGACUGUGGAGUUUUUUGCAUGCGUCAUAUGGAAACAUAUAUGGGAGAUAAAACAGUAAAUUGGACAUGUGGAUUGCCAAAAGAAUCAAAACAACAACAAACUGUGUUAAACGAUUUACACAUUAAGUAUUUGAAAAAGAUACUAUUGAGUGACGCAAACACAUACAGGUCAAGAAUCAUUGCACAAAUAGCUAAGUUUGCAAAAAAAGACUAA